GCAGUCCAGAGAGAGGGAUGCUGGGAUCCAAGUGAACAGAGUUUAAGCUAACGGGUCCUAGUCUGUAGUAGUCUCCUUUACUAUCAGUUUGUGUCAGACUAUCGUGCGAGGAAGAUGCUCCCGUUUGUCGUCGAGGGAGGAGCAUCACCUCCGUCAACUCAUACGGAUAUUUAUUCCUUUUCAUUAUCAUUAACGCGACCACCGGCACUUAUUAACGAGCCAAGUAUAAACAAACAAACACUCGGACAAAAACUAAAUCGGGAAAUUUAUCUCAGACAACGAUUAUCGCGAGUUUCGAGUCGGAAAAAUAGUGAUUGUAAAAUUAUUAAGAGUAAAAAUAUGCAACCGGUUAAUUUUAUUAAUUUAAUCAUGUGUGGAAUCUUUUUAAUGGUGACGGUGAUCCUUGUGCCUGGAAUUUCAGCAGCUGCUGCACCGGACAAAAUUCCCAUAGGAGCAAUAUUCGAGCAGGGAACUGACGAAGUGCAGUCAGCAUUUAAAUACGCAAUAGCAAUCCACAAUCAGAAUAAUACCACUCGUCGCUUUGAUCUUCAAGCUUACGUUGAUGUAAUCAAUACCGCCGAUGCUUUCAAGCUUUCCCGAUUGAUUUGCAAUCAAUUCAGCCGAGGCGUAUAUUCAAUGCUUGGUGCCGUCAGUCCGGAUUCAUUUGACACCCUUCAUUCCUACAGCAACACUUUUCAAAUGCCUUUUGUCACACCGUGGUUUCCCGAAAAGGUCCUGACACCGUCUUCGGGUUUCCUUGACUUUGCCAUAAGCAUGCGCCCGGAUUACCAUCGCGCCAUCAUCGACACGGUGCGACACUACGGAUGGCGGAAAAUCAUCUACCUCUACGACUCCCACGACGGAUUGCUGAGACUCCAGCAAAUUUACCAGGGGCUGAGACCAGGCAACGAAUCCUUCCAAGUAGAAACAGUAAAGCGGAUCCAGAACAUGUCAGACGCGAUUGACUUCCUGAGAAAUUUAGAAGAGUUGAAUCGAUGGAGUUACAAGUACAUCGUUCUCGACUGUCCGACGGACAUGGCCAAGGAUAUAGUAGUCAGUCAUGUAAGGGAUAUCGCCUUGGGUAAAAGAACCUAUCACUACUUACUAAGCGGAUUGAUAAUGGACGAUCGUUGGGAGAGCGAAGUAAUUGAAUACGGUGCAAUUAAUAUAACUGGGUUCCGUAUAGUAGACGCAAGUCGACGACCCGUCAAAGACUUUCUUGAUAGCUGGCGCCGUCUCGAUCCGAUGACCUUACCUGGAGCUGGUCGUGAUUCUAUUUCGGCUCAAGCUGCGCUGAUGUACGACGCGGUGCUGGUUCUCGUCGAGGCGUUGAAUAAAUUCCUGAAGAAAAAAAUCGACCGCAGUAAUCCAAAGCGUCCUGGAGUCCAGAGCAGUAUGCAGCCCUCGAAUGUGUCUAAACCGCUGGACUGCAAUACAAACAACGGGUGGGUCACGCCGUGGGAACACGGGGACAAAAUAUCAAAAUUUCUUCGCAAGGCUGAAAUUGAAGGGCUCACAGGCCAGAUUCGGUUCAAUAAUGACAGUCGGAGGCAUAAUUACACUCUUCAUGUUGUUGAGAUGACUGUCAACAGCGCGAUGGUUAAGGUUGCCGAGUGGACAGACGAGGGUGGAUUUCAACCAAUAGCCGCUAAAUACGUCCGUCUACCAACCCAAGAAAUAGAGAAAAAUAAAACUUACAUUGUAACAACAAUAGUGGAGGAGCCCUAUAUUAUGCUGAAGAAAACAGAUUCCGAGAAAGUGCUUAUUGGAAAUGAUCAAUACGAAGGGUACUGUAAGGAUCUCGCGGAUUUAAUUACUGCUGAGCUGGGGAUCAAAUACGAGUUGAGAAUUGUUCGAGACGGUAAGUACGGUACAGAGAGCCCGGAUACUCCAGGUGGUUGGGACGGAAUGGUCGGCGAGCUUAUCAGAAAGGAAGCGGACAUAGCAAUUGCGCCAAUGACAAUUACGUCUGAACGUGAACGUGUAAUAGAUUUCAGUAAACCAUUCAUGUCACUCGGCAUUAGUAUAAUGAUCAAAAAACCAAUAAAGCAAAAGCCUGGAGUUUUUAGCUUUUUAAAUCCACUCAGCAAAGAGAUUUGGGUCUGCGUUAUUUUUUCCUAUAUCGGAGUCUCCAUUGUUCUCUUUAUCGUAUCUAGGUUUUCGCCGUAUGAAUGGCGACUGAUCCAAUUGAGCUCUGGCGGAGAUCCAUCACUCGGUAGGGGUGAUCCGAGUCUCCAACAUCCUCAUCAAAACCAAACCUCACUGCAUUCACCGAACCCGUGCAUGGCCAAUGAUUUUAGUAUUCUCAACAGUAUGUGGUUUUCUCUCGGAGCUUUUAUGCAACAAGGCUGUGAUAUUUCUCCAAGAUCAAUGUCCGGGAGGAUCGUCGGUUCCGUCUGGUGGUUCUUUACAUUGAUUUUAAUAUCCUCGUACACUGCUAACUUGGCAGCCUUUUUAACGGUCGAGAGAAUGGUUUCUCCCAUUAACUCCCCGGAAGAUUUAGCUGCGCAAACAGAAGUCGAGUACGGGACUCUGCAAUACGGAUCUACCUGGGAUUUUUUCCGGAAAUCACAAAUAAGCUUGUACAGCAAAAUGUGGGAGUAUAUGAACGCUCGUAAUCACGUAUUUGUCAAAACAUACGACGAGGGAAUAAAAAAAGUAAGAGCGAGCAAAGGAAAAUAUGCGUUGCUGAUCGAAAGCCCCAAAAAUGAUUACAUAAAUGAACGCGAGCCUUGUGAUACCAUGAAAGUAGGACGGAAUCUUGACACAAAGGGAUUUGGUAUUGCGACACCUAUCGGUUCACCCUUGAGAGAUAAAAUAAAUUUAGCAGUCCUCUCGCUGAUUGAAACCGGGGAACUAGGAAAGCUGAUGAACAAAUGGUGGUUCGACAGAACCGAGUGUCGUCAUGGGGACAAACAAGACGCGCGUAACGAACUAUCGUUAAGCAAUGUCGCUGGAAUAUUUUAUAUACUUAUCGGUGGAUUGUUACUGGCCCUCGCAGUUGCUCUCGUUGAAUUUUGCUACAAAUCACACACCGAAGCUACCCGAGCUAAGAUUUCACUGUCAGACGCCAUGAAAGCCAAAGCGCGCUUAACUAUCGGUGGUGGCCGCGACUUCGACAAUGGCCGGUGGUACGGACUGCAGAGUUAGACGGAGGAUGCAUGCGCCUUUUCCGGGACCAUAUUAUUACGCCCCGGCGAACGCGAUUGGGAAUACCGAGGGCGACCAGGUUCACAGCAAUACUCACACACAAGUGUAAGCCCCUGGUACACCGCACCAGCGGGAAGCAGCGACGAAACUUCGGAUCCAUCGCCAUCGAUAUCGUUGCCGACUCCGCCACCACCUCCGAAGGCGGUAGUUCCACCCCCGCCGCCUCCGCCGCCACGGCCUACCCGCCGCAGCGUCACUUUUGCGGAGUCGCCCUCAAAGAGCCCUCGGAGUCCCAAGAGCCCCAAAAGUCCGUGGGUGUUUCGUCGUAGGUCAACUAUUAAGUCACUUAAUGUCGCGGUUCCGUGGACACCCGCGACUCCCAGUCACUGGGAUAAUCGCAAAGCCGAGUAUGUUACGUAAAUAAUUAUUUAUUGUAAUUUAAUUAUUUACGACCAGUGACUUUGUUUAUUGUUCUAUUAUUUCUCAAUGUUGUUAUUUUUUUUUUUUUUUUAUUAUUUUUGAUUUUAUUUUUGCUCAAUAUAUAAUUUUUAU